AUGUCUGCGGCUGAGGUUAAUAAAGUUCCUUCAAUUGAUCAUGAUGCUGAUAUAAAUACUGCUGCUGUCAGCCAUCAUACUGUGGACAGGGCCAACAAUCAAGCCCUACUGCCAACUAUUCUGGCCAAUGAGGAGAACGCUACGCUGGAUCACUAUCGACUGCUGACGGUAACAUAUGGCUUAGCUUCAUCGCCAUUCCUCGCCGUUCGAGUUCUUAAGCAGCUCGCAAACGAUUAUGCCGAAGAGUAUCCGAGAGCUGCUGUCGUUCUAAACAGAGACGCCUACGUUGAUGAUAUUCCCACUGGAUGCGACCAAAUUCAGGAUCUUAUUGCCCUCAAAGAUGAGUUAAUUUCUCUUCUAAGUAAAGCUCAAUUCAACCUUCGAAAGUGGAGCUCAAACUGUUGCGCCCUAUUGAAGUCGUUGCCCAAGGAAAUUUGUGAGUAUCCGCUUGAAGCUUUAGAGAAGGACAGUUCAUUUCGAUUUGUUAAAGUACUGGGAUUGUAUUGGGAACCAAAAGCUGACGGCAUUUUCUUCAAGCUAGAAAUCCCCGGAAUUACAACCGCUCUUACCAAACGCAUUCUGCUUUCGGAACUAGCCAAGAUCUACGAUCCGCUGGGUUUGCUUGCACCUACAACUGUGUUUUUAAAGAUUCUCUUUCAAGAAUGGAAUGAGGAACUACCUCCCCAAUUAUGUACACGGUGGCAACAGUUCGUAUCUCAAAUGCAUUUAUUGGAAACUUGUCGAAUUCCUCGCUACAUAUCAACACCGCUUCAAACAAUGGAACUGCACGUAUUCGCAGAUGCAUCGUCCCAGGCAUAUGCAGCCGUCAUCUAUAGUCGCGUCAAAGUCAACAAUGGAUAUGCUGUUAAUUUGAUAAUGGCAAAGACCCGCGUGGCACCUAUUAAGUCUGUCUCAAUUCCACGACUCGAGCUACACGCAGCCCAUUUGCUCUCUAAGUUAAUGGUCAAGCAAUCAUUAACUGUUCCUAUUUCCAGAAUCAAUUGUUGGUCAGACUCUGAAAUAGUUUUGCAUUGGCUAUCAUCUCCUCCCCGUACCUGGAACACUUAUGUUUGCAACCGUACUGCAGAAAUCUUAGAGACGUGCCCACGUAGCUGCUGGCAACAUAUUCGAAGUGGCGAUAACCCUGCAGACUGUGCAUCCCGAGGAAUACUUCCAAAGGACCUCUUGGACCAUCCAAUCUGGUGGAAUGGACCAGCCUGGCUAUCUCAGUCACGCUCAACUUGGCCACCCGUUAAGGCUAAGUUUGUUCUGUCGACAGAAGAAGAGGCAUCCCUGGAGGUAAAAGCCGAUCCUAAGGUUAACAUACACAUUUCCGACGAUGGAAAUUCACUAACCUGCCUGAUCAAUAAAACCUCUUCAUGGUCUCGUUUGGUAAGGAUACUCAGCUACUGCUUUCGUUUUGUUCAUCGUCUUCGCGGGAGAAAUCAACUUUCGCCGUUUCUGUCGGCGUGGGAGCUACAACAUGCCCGGUCUCGGAUAUUCACCCAUGUUCAAAAGGAGUUCUUUAAAGUGGAAUACAAGCAGUUAAGCACCGGAAAGCCAUUGAAAAAGAACUCGAAGUUGAUCCGCUACACCCCUUUCUUAGACGAGCAGAGUGUACUACGUUUCGAUAUCAACAUGCUGCAUCGCUACAUGCUGGAGUCGAAUACACUUUUUAUAGUCUACGACUAA